AUGAGCCGCCUGCCCGUCCUGCUCCUGCUCCAUCUCCUGGUCAGCCCCGGACUCCAAGCUCCCAUGACCCAGACAACGUCCUUGAAGACAAGCUGGGCUAAGUGCUCUAACAUGAUCGAUGAAAUUAUAACACACUUAAACCAGCCACCUUUGCCUUCACCGGACUUCAACAACCUCAAUGAGGAAGACCAAACCAUUCUGGUGGAAAAAAACCUUCGAAGGUCAAACCUGGAGGCAUUCAGUAAGGCUGUCAAGAGUUUACAGAACGCAUCAGCAAUCGAGAGCAUUCUUAAGAAUCUCCCACCAUGCCUGCCCAUGGCCACGGCCGCACCCACGCGACCUCCAAUCCGUAUCACGAACGGUGACCGGAAUGACUUCCGGAGGAAACUGAAGUUCUAUCUGAAAACCCUUGAGAAUGAGCAGGCUCAAUAG